UUUGAAAUGGUCCCUGUGUCUUUCUGGAUGAGUUUCUUUCAUUACUUUGUUUUUUAGCAUAUGGGUCUUUCUGGGGAAGUUAUUUGAUCCUUUUGGUAGGGUUUUCUUGGAAAAAGCUUAGGUCUUGGCACAAGAUCUGUGUACUUUUUCAUUGACCCUUCUGUAUUGCUUUUCUUGUUUAUCUAUGUGGGGUUGUGCUAGUUUUAUGCUCUGUGGUGUUAAAAUGGCUUUUGGGUGCUGUUGAAUGUAUGCAUUUUUUUAUUUGGUGUUCUGGUUCACUUCAUGGUUCUAAGAAAAGAUUUGGACUUUUGAGUUUCAUACUUCCAAUCUUGGGAACUUUUAUGCUGUUUAUGGAGCUUUUGAUCAUGAUCUCUCUUGCUGAUGACUAGGGUGUACAUGAGGUGAACUUGGACGCUGUGUUAUGGGUUUGGUCGGCCAGAUUGCAUUGAGGAUUCGUUGUUCAAUUUAAUGGCGUCAACACCUUCUGUCAAGAGUUCACUGGAAAAGCUGAAUAAGUCAGCUGGAAUUCAAGCAGUGGAACGUAAUCCUCGGAGAUCAGCACCUUCCCAAGUUUCAAAGAGUAGCAAUUCUGGGAGCACGACUUCCAAGGAGCUACAACACAAUGAUCGAGAAGUUGCAUCUAAGCAACUUAUGGCAGAAGCAACAACCAAAAAGAAGUCGAAUAGCUAUCAGCAAGUAGGAUCUGCUGACUUAUUGGUUGAUAAGUUUGAUUCGAGCUUAUAUUUGGGAAAUCUGAAGCAUGCUCCAAGCAGUGCAGCUUCCGCACCCUGUGAAGCAAAGGGCUCGCAAUGCGCUAUUGAUCAGGAAAAGAAGGCAUCAGAAAAUGGAGCCGUCAAGGAUAACUCAGCCUCAGCCAAAGUCAGUGAUGGGGCCGGUAGCCUUGCAAAAACAAGUGGAAGUGCCAAAGUUAGCGAUCGAGCUGAUUUUGUUGAGAGUGGAAAGAGCAGCAUCUGUAGGGGAAGCACAAGCACCGAUGUAAGUGAUGAAAGUACUUGCAGCAGCUUUAGCACCAGUAUUAAUAAACCCCACAAAGCUAAUGACUCAAGAUGGGAAGCCAUUCAAGCUAUUCGAGCUAAAGAUGGAACAUUAGAUUUGAGACAUUUCCGGUUGCUAAAGAAGUUGGGAAGUGGUGAUAUUGGAAGUGUCUAUCUGUCGGAGUUGUGUGGAACAAAAUGUUAUUUUGCAAUGAAAGUUAUGGAUAAAGCAUCAUUAGCUGGCCGUAAAAAAUUGCUACGUGCUCAAACGGAGAGAGAGAUAUUGCAGUCCUUGGACCAUCCAUUUCUACCAACUUUAUAUACCCAUUUUGAGACAGAAAAGUUUUCAUGUCUUGUAAUGGAGUUUUGCCCAGGAGGUGACUUGCACACACUUCGUCAGAGGCAACCAGGGAAGCAUUUUUCUGAACAAGCUGUGAAGUUCUAUGUAGCAGAGAUCCUCCUUGCUAUGGAAUACCUCCACAUGCUUGGCAUUGUUUAUCGCGACCUCAAGCCAGAAAAUGUGCUUGUUAGAGAAGAUGGACACAUAAUGCUAUCUGAUUUUGAUCUCUCUCUUCGCUGUACUGUGAGUCCAACACUUGUCAAGCUGUCGUCUCUUGAUGUGGAGCCUCUCCGAAAGAAUUCCGGUUACUGUGUGCAGCCAGCAUGCAUUGAACCCUCCUGUAUCCAGCCAUCGUGUGCUGUUACUACAACAUGUUUUGGGCCUCGCUUCUUUUCUAGUAAGUCGAAGAAAGAAAAGAAAUCUAAAAAUGAUACAGGGAACCAAGUUAGCCCAUUACCAGAACUUAUGGCUGAGCCUACUGGAGCACGUUCGAUGUCUUUCGUUGGGACACACGAAUAUUUAGCACCUGAAAUAAUCAAAGGUGAAGGGCAUGGGAGUGCAGUGGACUGGUGGACCUUUGGUAUCUUUCUUUACGAGUUAUUGUUUGGUAAGACACCCUUCAAGGGAUCAGGAAACCGUGCUACACUUUUCAAUGUUGUAGGUCAGCCCCUCCGUUUUCCAGAAUCUCCAGUGGUAAGUUUUUCAGCUAGAGAUCUUAUACGAGGCUUGCUCGUGAAAGAGCCACAAAAUCGAUUGGCAUACAAAAGAGGAGCUACAGAAAUCAAGCAGCAUCCCUUCUUCGAAGGUGUAAACUGGGCUUUGAUUCGUUGUGCAAGCCCUCCGGAGAUCCCAAGACCUGUUGAAUUCGAGAGAAUCUCAGCACAGCAGCCAUCAUCAACUAGUGAGAAACCUGUGGCUGUAACUGUCCAAUACCAGCAAAAGUCUGAUAACUAUCUCGAAUUUGAUUUCUUUUGAACUUGUUAUUUUCUUGGUUUCUUCUUUCUUGUAAAAGUCGAUUAUCUUAUUUUUCGUUAGUAAAACAUACGACGUUGUACAACAUUUUGAAGAUGUGAAAUCAAGAUGAUCAUAUAUUGUUUGUUGUUGUAAGUUAUUAAAGCAGUUGCACAGUUUGUUGUAUGGCAAAUGUUGUUAGUGUU